AUGUCCAGAUUUCACCAUAUGCUUUCAAAAUCUUCUCGCCCUGUUAUCACAGCGACUAUCGUGCGAUGUGGCGUCGGACGGUCUAUUUCAAGACAAAACACUCGUGAAUUCCGUUACGACAAAUUUUAUGCGAUCCGUGACGGCAAUAGUGGCGAGCUCAACCUGGGCGAGGCAAUUGUGGAAGCAACGAGUACACAUCCCAUCCCUGUUGAUGUUCAUUACUCGUUUGCGCGUGCCCCGCAUUUUCAGCAAACUCUUGAGGAUGCAAUUAAUGACCAAAUUAACAUCGAAUACAACGUGUCCUACAUCUAUCAUAGCAUGUAUGCAUUCUUCUCGAGAGAUAAUGUGGCACUUGACGGAUUUGCUCAACACUUCAAGAAAGAAUCGCUUGAAGAACGCUCGCAUGCCGAGUUACUAAUGGACUAUCAGACCAAAAGGGGGGGUAAAGUAUCUCUCCAGGCUAUUAUGCCACCUCAGCUUGAGUUUGAGCAUGCCCAGAAGGGCUGUGGGCUUUAUGCACUAGAGUUGGCGCUCUCGUUGGAAAAAUUGAACUAUGAUAAAUUACUUGAGUUACACAAAAUUGCUGACGAGUGCGGGGAUGCGGCAGCGUGCGACUUUAUCGAAGGUGAGCUAUUAAAGGAUCAAAUUGACUCAGUAAAAGAGAAUGCUGAGAUGGUUGCAAGUUUGACUAGAAUGGGUGCUGAUGGACCUCAUGGUGGAUUGGCAACUUGGCAUUUUGAUAAAAUGCUAAAAAAAUGA